AUGUCAAACUUGUUGAGGGUGUUGGAGAGGCAACGGAAAGAAAGGGAAGAAACAAGGCGUAGACGUGCUGAAGAAGAUCGGGAAGCUGAUGAAGAAGAGGAACUACUGCUUGCAGCAGCGGUGUGUAUGAUGGAUCAAUCAAGGCAAAACCGUCGUCCUCGUGCCCCGAAUGUGGACAGACGUAGGGAGUCUCGGGGUAAGAAUCUCAUGGAGGAUUAUUUUAUCCCAAAUCCGUUAUAUCCUGCUUCUAAGUUUAGUGCUUUGUGGGAGAUCAAAGGCAAUCACAAUGGAUGA